AUGGAUUCCAACGGCUCCUAUACCCGCUCCUUCGACGAAUCCUUGAUUCGCGAACUACCCCAGCUUCAGUCUCUCCGCAUUGCUCCCCUCCGUCAGCCGGUGUCUCGCCUCUUGGCCGUGCCCUCCCCGCUCGAACCCAGUGCCAGUCACGUCCGAGAACCCUCCAGUAACAACAAUGCCGGCAUCCUCCCUGCCCGCAAUGACUCGGCCCCAUCUGGAGCCACCGAAGGGGCAGCUGCUCCCCGACCGAAGAAGUCGGAUGCCCCUGCGGACUCCCUCCCGAGCCUGGAGGCGCCUCCCCGGCCAAUUCUCCCGGCUUUUGUCAACCUCCGCGCCCUAGAACGAUACCCCUACUCCUCGUUUGAUGACGACGCCCUUCACUUCCGCAAGCGCAGGCGUUUGGGCGGUCAGGCGGAGACGUUUAGUGAACAUCUCCAGCUGCCCAUUCCCCAGGCGCAGAAGGAGCAGCGUCCGCCGCCCUUUGGCCCUUUUGCUAUUCUCAAUGGUCUCAACGAGCCACCUCCAAAUGCGGCCUUGCUUCCUCCAAUUGAACCCGGCUCGAUCACGCAGCUACUAACCAAACCAUCCCGAGGCAGUGAGGCUGUGGAGCCGGGCUUACUUACUGCUAAUGCUGCAGAUAGCCAGAUUGCGGAGCGACGAGAAGGUCGCAUAGAGGAAAUCCUCGAUUCUCCGGUCGACAAAACGGUGGACGGCGAUUCGAGCGAUAUCGCCAGUGGACUGCUGGACGAUGUUGCUGCCGCGGAACGGACAAGAUCCGAAAAGACAGACCCCGAGACUGACAAUAAAGACGCCUCCACAGAGGACAAUACCGAGCCUCUGUCGCCUAAAACGCGGGGCCGGUCUCGCAAGAACCUUCGUAAGUGGACCGAGGAAGAGACGACUGCUCUGCUGCGCGGGGUGGUCAAGUGCGGCAUCGGCAAUUGGACGGCGAUUCUGGCCCAGCCAGAGUUGAAGUUCAACAAGCGUAGCGCAUCCAAUCUGAAAGAUAGGUUUCGUGUGUGUUGCCCCUGGGCAUAUCGGGCCGCGGAUCCCAAUGAAGCCACCAGGCAGCUGCAUGACACGCUUGCGAACGCCCUCUCGCGAGCCGAAACCGAAGGGACCGACGGACAAGCGGGGAAGAUCCAUCUCCCACACCCGCGGGGGGCUAAUGCAGAGGCCAGUGGCGCUGCGGUGAAUGAGGCCAGCAGCUCCAAGGACGCUGACUCGAAAGGCAGCAAGGCCAAGAACAGCACCUUGUCAAAGACUACCCCCACGCUCUCUAGUAGAUCCAAAUCCACGCUGGCGUCGUUGGGCAUCCCCGAGCCACACUUUACGAUGAAAUCGCGGCGACGCUCACGCCGCCCGUUUACCGUCGUUGAGGACGAGGCACUGCUGAAAGGCUACGCCGUGCAUGGCUUCCAGUGGACGCUGAUCCAGCAGGACAAGCGACUGAACCUGAGCCAUCGCCGGGCGACGGACCUGCGAGACCGAUUUCGGACCAAGUUCCCGCACGCCUACCGGGACGGAGGGUCCGUGAGCGGACGGUUGCCCCAGGGGGGGAAUCCCGACCCUGGCAAACAGCAUGCUGCACGGGUAUCUGCUCGCGGGCAGGCGGAGAGCGGCAAUGCGCGCGGGCCAAUUGAUCCUGCGCUGUCGCCUCCAGCCCCGCCGCAGGGGCUCCACGAGAGCACGAGCAGUGCGGGGGUAUUUUCGUUUGCGAUGGACGAGAAUUCGGGAAUGGAUGCGACGUGGGCAGAUAAUACCUUGGCGCCGAUGUGGGAUGAGCUUACAUAG